AUGGCAACCCGUAUUUCGUAUAGUACCAUUGUUUACCUUAACAACAAAGAGAUAUAUUCAGCUCCUUUUAUACAAGAUUAUUAUGAGAAUAGAGAACACAAUCUGCCUAAGUAUGAAGAUACAGUCUUACUUACUAAAAGGAUAUUGAAUCUUUCCUUACGAAGAAAAAUUGAUGCCGCAAAGAAGAUUUUUGAUGGGAUGUUAUAUAAAGAUAUAGUUGCUUGGAAUGCCAUGAUACGAGGUUUCAUGGAAAAUCACAUGAUUAACCAUGCACGACAACUGUUCGACGAAAUGCCUGAAAGAAACAAUGUUUCUUGGAAUACUAUGAUAAUUGGAUAUAGUAGAGAAAACAUGAUCCACAUUGCGUUGAAGCUUUUCAUUUGUAUGCCGUGCAAAGAUGCUUUCAGUUGGACAGCAAUUAUUACUGGACUUUGUAUGGGUUCCCGUAUUAGUGAUGCUUGGCGUUUGUUUAAGGAGAUGCCAGAGCGGAAUGCGGUUUCAUGGGCUGCAGUCAUGUCUGGUUUUCAGCACAAUGGGCUUGCAGCUGAAAGUUUGAGUUUGUUUAAGGAAAUGUUGACAGCUGGUGUUGUACCAAACUCGCACUCGUUCACUACUGCUUUGGCUGCUUCAGCUGAUUUAGCAAUGCUGUCAAUGAGCAAACAACUUUACUUGCAACUUCUCAAAAGGGGGUAUGAGGGGAACUCCCAUAUUGGAAAUGCAGUUCUGUCGACGUUCAUGAAAUGUGGGAGUAGUGAUGAUGCGAUGUGUGUUUUCGAGGAUUUGCCUCAUCGUAAUCUUGUUAGUUGGAACUGUAUGAUUGCUGGUUAUGCUCAACAUGGUAAUGGUUUGAGGGCAAUCAGGACAUUCCAUCAGAUGCAGUAUAAUCAUGUUUCUCCUGACCGUAUAACCUUCUUGGGGGUUCUUCAGAGUUGCUGCUUCUGUGGUUUUGUUAAAGAAGGAAAGGAAUAUUUUCAAAUUAUGGAGAAAGAUUAUGGAAUAAUUCCCGGGCCUGAGCAUUAUGCCUGCUUGACUGAUCUUUUCGCGCGUGCUGGGCUAUUAGAAGACGCGUAUCAGGUUGUCAUGGAAAUGCCCUUUGAACCUGCAAUUGUCUUUUGGCGAUCAAUUAUGAAUGGAUGUAGGAUAUGGAGACGUUAUGAGCUGGGUGCUUAUGCAGCUCAUCAGCUUUCGAGACUUGAGUCUACUGAAUCAAGGCCUUCUUCCGAGGUUGUGAAUGGUCAUGGCUCUUGUAGAUUGGAUGCUGUCUCAUUCUCUAGGAGAGAAACAAAGGGGCCAGGAACAAGAAAAGAGAUGGGUUGUAGUUGGGUCGAGAUUAAGGGGAGGACAUAUCUGUUUACCUCUCGAGAUGAAACUCAUUUGGAUACAUGUGACAUUUAUCAGAUGAUAAACUUGUUGUUCCAUGACAUUUUGAAUCAUAACAGAGUUUGUAUUUAUGGGCCGAUUUAUAACGAAUACUGA